AUGUGCCUCCCAGGAUCCCAGAUUUCUCCUGCCCAUCUCUACUACCCUGUGUCGGCUCCCUGCCGCGCCGGGUCCCUGACCUCCUCGAUCCCUCCAGGGCGGCGGGAGUCAGGGCUCUUUCGAAUGCCCCUGCGGUCCGUCCAAGCUGAACGCAUCCUGAGGCUGCAAGCUCUGGGUCUCCCGUUACUGGUGCUUCUGUUGGUUCUGCUGCAGCCGGUGCGAGCUCAGAAUCUCAGGGCGCAGGACGUGAGCAUGGGCGUGGACUGGCUGACUCGCUAUGGCUACCUGCCACCGGCGGAUCCUGUCCACGCCCAGAUGCAGAGUCUAGGGAAGCUGCAGGAUGCGAUCAAAGUCAUGCAGAGAUUUGCCGGACUACCUGAGACUGGACAAAUGGACCCAAUAACAAUAGCCACCAUGCACAAGCCCCGUUGCUCCCUGCCUGAUAUUCUGGGGCCUGCUGGGCUGGUCAGGCGCCGGCGUCGCUAUACUCUGAGUGGCAGCGUGUGGAAGAAGCGCACCCUGACGUGGAGUAUCCAGUCCUUCUCUCAGAGCUCCCAGUUGAGCCAGUCUGUUGUCCGGACCCUUGUGAGCUAUGCCCUAGAUGUCUGGGCUGUUGCGUCAGGCCUAACGUUCCAAGAGGUGGAUUCUCAGUACCAGGAGCCUGACAUCGUUAUCCACUUUUCCCGGGCCUACCACCAAGACAGUUACCCCUUUGACGGGCCUGGUGGCACCCUGGCUCACGCCUUCUUCCCUGGAGAGCACCCCAUCUCUGGAGACACUCACUUUGACGAUGAAGAGACCUGGACUUUUGGGUCAACAGAUGGUGAAGGAACCGACCUAUUUGCAGUAGCAGUUCAUGAAUUUGGCCAUGCCCUAGGCCUUGGCCACUCUUCUGCACCCAACUCCAUUAUGAGGCCCUUCUACCAGGGCCCGGUGGGUGACCCUGGCACAUACCGCUUGUCCCAGGAUGACCGUGAUGGAUUGCAGCAGCUCUAUGGGAGAGUGUCCCAAACUCCGAAUGACAAGCCCACAAGGAAACCUCUGGUACCACCUCCCCAGCCUCCAGUCAUGCCCCCUGACAGCCCCUCCACACCUGUGCCUGAUCGAUGUAAGGGCAAUUUUGAUGCUGUUGCCAACAUCCGAGGGGAAAUUUUCUUCUUCAAAGGCCCCUGGUUCUGGCGCCUCCAACCCUCAGGACAGCUGGUAUCACCCCGCCCUGCUGGGUUGCACCGCUUUUGGGAGGGGCUGCCAAACGAUGUGAGGGUCAUUCAGGCUGCCUAUGCCCGACCCCAAGAUGGCCGAAUCAUCCUCUUCAGCGGCCCGCAGUUCUGGGUGUUCCAGGAACGACAGCUUCAGGGUGCAGCGAGGCCACUGGUAGAGUUUGGGCUGCCCCCGGGAGAAGAAGUGGAUGCUGUGUUCUCAUGGCCUUUCAACGGCAAGACAUACCUGAUCCGAGGCCAAAAGUACUGGCGGUAUGACGAAGUGGCCGGGAGCCCAGACCCUGAUUACCCGCGUCCUCUGAGUCUCUGGGAGGGCGCGCCCUUUGCCCCAGAUGACGUCACCAUCAGCAACACAGGUGACACUUACUUUUUCAAAGGCACCCAUUCCUGGCGCUUUGCGAAGGGCAGUGUCAAAUCUGAGUCAGAUUCCCCCCAGCCCAUUGGGCCCACGUGGCUGGACUGCCCUGCCCCGAACUCUGAUCCUCAAGUCCCCAGUCCCCCGAAAACGACACCCGAAACCGGAAGCUGUGAUUGCCACUGCGAACUCAAUCAAACCUCGGAGCAGCUGUCACCGACCUUCCUGCUGCCCCUCCUGCCCCUAUUGGCUGGAGCCAUCUUUUCUUGCUGAAACCUGGUCCUACCUUGCAGACUUCCUAUACAGAAGGAAGACAGAGUCUCCCGCAGCUGGACCUAGUGUAGGGUCUAGGGAUGCUGUGAAUCCUCACGAUCUGUUUCCACGUGCACAGAGCUGAUCGCAUUCCUAAAAGAAGCCCGCGGACACCUGA